UAUAAUAGAGCUUAUGAUGGGAACCAUUAAUUGGGGUGAAUUAUUCCCAGGAAGAUGGAGUCCUGUCAUUUUUAUUUCAUACAUGGCCCUGUUUGUGAACCAAGGUACAUGAGUAUGGUUAUGUUUCUCUAUGUUUGUUUUUAUUCUUGCCACAUGAUUUUACUUGUUACAUGAUUUUACUUGUUAAUAUUUGUCAAACAGAAACUACUCAGUGAUAACAAUACAAAAAUAAAUUAGCAUUAAUCUAUAUAGUUAUCUAUGAAUAACGUGCAUUAUUUUUCCAGUUUUAAAUAUGAUUUAAAUGUUUUGUAGCAUAUAAUGUUUAGUAGCAUAUGGUACAGAUUACUGAAAUUUUGUAACAAUUGCUAUGUAACAUUUUGUAUUAUUGUAACUUGGUCUCAAAGAGAUGGUCACUAUGAAUACAAUAUUAUUAUGGUAGUAUUGAUGACAGAAAUAUUAAAGUUAUUUACUUCUAUAAUAUUCUACUGCAAAGACAAUAGCUUUGGAAGUUUGUGCCAAGAAGUAACAGAAAAUAAGAAAGUGCUAUUGCUGUACAUGAUACCAUCAUUUUUGUAUUGUUUAUACAAUAAUCUGGCAUUUAUUAAUUUGGCCAUAUUUGAUCCAACAACUUACUAUGUGUUGUUACAAUUUCGUGUUGUCAUGACUGGAAUUAUUUUCCAGGUCGUUUUUAACAAGAAAUUAUCAUUGAAACAAUGGUUUUCGCUAGUAUUAUUGACUAUUGGAUGUAUGGUGAAACAUAUAGAACUGGACUUUAGCAUCAAUAUAUUUAAUGCUAAAAUUAAUUUAAGUAGUAACAUCAUUUUAGUGUUUGUACAGACAAUUUGUUCCUGCCUAGCUGGAGUUUACAAUGAAUAUUUACUUAAAGAACAAGGGGCAAACAUCAAUAUUUUUGUACAAAAUGUGUUUAUGUAUAUUGAUAGUAUCUUUUGUAACCUUAUAGUUUUUAUACUAUUUUUUAUGUCAGCAAAUAACGCCUCUAAUAUGUUGAACAAUGCUGAUCUUGGUAUACUUAUGCAACCAAAAAUAAUAAUAAUAAUGCUGAAUAAUACAGCAAUAGGAAUUAUCACAAGUUUUUUCUUGAAAAACUUGAACUCUAUCUUAAAAACUUUCGCUAGUGCGUUAGAACUGAUAUUCACAGCGGUUUUGUGCUGGUUGAUAUUUAGUAUUCCAAUUCAUUUAAAUACCGUACUUUCGAUCGCUAUGGUAAGUUAUGCAGUUAUAUUGUAUUCACAAAAUCCAGUACAAAAUACCUGGACCAAAGAACGAACAAAGGCUGAUAACAUAGUUUAGUAGAAGUUAAUUAAUUAUAUUCUGUGUUAAUUUAUUAUAUUCUGUACAUGAAUUUUUCCUGAUGCAAACCUGUUACUUACGUGUCUGUUCCAUUAUGCUUCAUUGUAUAGUUUUAUGUAUGCAUAGAUUUAUAAACGUAACUAAUUUGAAGAACUUUUAUGUUAAUAGGUAUUAAAGGAAAACAAUUUGUUGCAGAGAUAUGAAUUAUAUUUCCUUCAUUUGUGUUAAAUAUUUAUAUAUUAUACAUGUA